GACUCCAGGUGGCUGAUAAGAUGUUCAAGUUUAACUGGCCUUGUGACAGCCAAAAAUGUGAAAACACAGAGACAUUUUCGAUAGUAUCCUCUUUGCUUCUUUCUAUCGAAGCAGAUCAGAGCAGUGUGAAAUCCUGGUUCGAUGGAGAAGAAGGUCGUUUUGAUUACAGGCUGCUCCUCCGGAAUCGGCCUCAGUCUGGCUGUCCGGCUGGCCUCCGACCCCAACAAAAGAUUCAAAGGUAACCACAGCUGACAUGGACGUGGAAAUGAUUCCUCUUGUGUUUAAGUGCCUUCUUAGGGAGCCUUACUGUCAGGAACUAUUCAGGCAUGCCAGUGAGUGCUGCUUUCUGUUUAAGUGUAUGCCACCAUGAGAAACCUGGCCAAGAAGGAGCGUCUCAUAGAGUGUGUGAAAAGCCUGCACAAGGACACUUUGGACAUCCUGCAAAUGGACGUGACCGGCUGGCAGUCCAUCCUGGAUGCGAGAGACAGGGUUGUGGAGAAACGAAUGGACAUUCUGGUGUGUAAUGCGGGUGUGGGUUUGAUGGGGCCGCUGGAGGCGCAGUCCUUGGACUCGAUGAGGCAAAUUCUGGAUGUCAACCUCUUUGGUACCAUCCAGACCAUCCAGGCGUUCCUGCCGGGGAUGAAGGCUCGGGGUCAGGGCCACAUUCUGGUCACCGGGAGCACGGGAGGGCUUCAAGGUCUCCCCUUUAAUGAGGUGUACUGUGCCAGUAAGUUUGCAUUAGAAGGAGCAUGUGAGAGUUUGGCAAUCCUCCUGCAACACUUCAAUAUCCAUGUGAGUCUUGUUGAGUGUGGUCCAGUCAACACUGACUUCCUAGUGAACCUGCAGAAGGCAGAGCUCGGGGACACAUCUCUGCAACAUGUCGAUAACCUCACACUCAACCUCUAUGAAAAAUACCUGCAGCACUGUGGCUCUGUUUUCCAAAACGCAGCACAGGACACUGAGGACAUUGUGAAGGUAUUUCUGGAAGCCAUCCAGUCACCCAGCCCUGCAUUCAGAUACUUCACCAGCGGGGACGUGCCAUCUCUCACCAAACUGAAGGCCGCAGAGCCAGGUGGCUCGCGGUACAUCAGUGCUUUGAGCAAAAGCAUGUUCUCCUCUGAGGAACAAUAAUUUGGCAAACUAGUUGCUCUUCUUUUUUUCUUCGUGUACAGAGUUAUAUGUUGUUGUUCUCUUAGUUUUGUGUUUUGGAGUUAAAGUGGGGGCACUGUGACUCACUGCGGCUUCUAUUUUUGUGAAUCACUUAAAUGUAUACCUACUCCUUUUCACAAUGUUAGGAUUAGUAAAAUAAACAAUGUUUUUGUUGUUAUAUUAUAUUCUAUAAUAAUAUUUUAUAUAAUAUUUAGAAAGUAUUAUGUUGAGUGAUACAGCAGCUUCAGAUGUAUCAUGGGAUAGUGUCCUCACCACACUGGUUGGCAUAUUUUCACAGGGCGUGCUUCAGGAGAACCGCAACCUUAAACCUUUUUGUCACUCCAAGCAUGAUAUUUUACAUAAAUGAAUGAUAAUGCAUGUUGUUUUUCUUUUCUACUGUUUGCUGAAUGAUUUUUUAUCAAGCAUUAAAGUAAAUAAAUUGUGAGGAGGAGGUUGAACUACUUGAAUCACUGAACAGAUUAAAGACUGUACGAGGGCCAGCAGGAACGCCAUCUAUCACCUGUGUAACAUUUGGAUCAGCCUUGGGCUGUUGAGCCCAUGAGAUCUUACAAUCUGAGACAGGUUAGCUGAUUAGACUGAAUGAGGAUCUUAAGUCCCUUUCUGAUUAAGUUCUGUCAUUCCAGUUUAAAGAUCCUGAAUUAGAUCCUGCAAUACUGGUUUGUUUCUAAAUAUAGAUGACAACCUCUAUUUGUCUGAAAAACCAAAGUCCAGGUGAAUCAUGCACACAGCAUGCAACUGUUUGUUCACAAGCUCUUUCGCAGUUUAAUUUAGACUUUGGCUUUCUCGUGGUAACCGUUUUGAAGGCCAGUGAUCUCUAAAUCAACAUGAUCUCUAAAUCAAAUAAUGAUCUGUGAUCAGAGAUACAUGUCAGUGUAUGUUAUUUGAUUCCUUAUCGUACCUCCAUCCUAGUCUAAUGUAUCCCAUGAUAACAAAACUACUAAAGUUAUAAAUAAUAUUUACAUUUGCAAAAUAUUUUGAAAAAAAAACCUACAUUUGAUUUUUAUUCAAAUAC